ACUACAGAAGGUGCAAAAAUUUAAGUCGUACAUGAGCACAAAAACUAUGCCAGCAAAAUCUUGUCACUUAUCACAAAUUUAUUACCCGAAUGAAAGUAGUGGCAACACUUAUUGACUGCCUGUGUAGCGUCAGCGUAUGACGUUUUACGUGCGCUGUGCGCGAUGACAGCGACUGGUCCGUUUCGGGCGACGAAUCAAGAAAGUUUAGCCUUUUUUCGAUUUAUUUUUGACACGCCGCAUUAGGGACGGGAUAUCGAUGUCGACAUCGACGGCCUGCCAUCGAUAGCUACGAUAUAUCGUAUUUAAAACAUCGAUGUUUGAACAUUAUUGUUUAUUAUUUGAUGUUCUUUAUUUUUAUUGUUAAAAAUGAAUAAUGAUGUUUAUUUGAAAUUUCAAAAAACUGCAUACUAAACAAGGAAUAAUAAAAACAAUACACUACAAAUUUAAAUAAGGACAAACAAAACAAAACUGUACAUUAAAUGAAACUAAAUGUGAAUAAACUAACAAAACUGCUUAUAAAAUAUACAUUUAGAAAGUUCACUAAUUUUUUGAAAAUCACAAAUCCCGCAAAACUCUACUUAUGGAAUUGGGGAACAAAAUUUUGGAAAGUCCUUUGGUUUAGUAUAUCUGACUCCUAUGUUUAAUCAUCCAGCUUUGGGAAAAAGGCUAUUUUGUAGCAGUAAAUAAUAAUACCGUUUAUUUUUGAAAAAUCAAUACUACACGAAAGAUAAAUGUUAGGAUAUCCACUGAAGCAUUUAAGAAUGCUCGCGUGUGGAAUCACUAGGCAUAAAAAAAUUGGACUCAUCUAUUUUAAGUCAAUAAGAUCACUUAAAAGCUAUCGAUCAGUCGCAGUAUAUAUAUAUAAGAACGUCGUCCAUGUGUUAUUUGAAUAAUAGUAGGCACUAUGUCUGGUAUUUUUACAUAUACUGAUUAUAAUUUAAUUAAUUUUUUGGGUUUUUUAUAUAUUUUAUUACAAUACAGCUGCCGUAUAUCCAACAGACCACUCUCCUGAAACAGCAAAUUCGUUGCUUAUAAUUUUGAUUUUUGAAACAUUAUUUUUUAAACCAUUUUUGCACAUUCAUAAGAUUUUUAAUCUCGUUUUCCAAAACUCCACGCCAGCCCACGAUGCCGUAUGAUAGGUGCGUUUCUAUUAAGGGCCUAUACCCAGCUUUUAAUUGUUGGAUUGUUAAGAAGUAGUAAAAUUGAAAAAAAAAGUUUCGAAAUAGCUGUCUAUAGUAAUACCAAGUUAUUUUACAAAAUACCUUUCAGAAAUAGUAAUACUAUUAUUUACUUUAAGUUACCCUAAUUUGGCAGAUGAUUUUUAUAUGACCAGAAAUGCAUGAAUUUGGAUUUAUCAAAAUUUUGAGUCCGUUUGUUGUGGAGGUGGUACGUUGACGCCUACGGACAGCACAACACCUAAGUAUUGCUUCGUUAACCGCUACAGGAUGCAAAUCCCUGCCAGAGAAGACUGGGAAAACGGGCCACCAAUCAAGGCAGAAAUGACCUGGUAUGCUGAUGGCUCAAAAACUCAAGAAGGAGUAGGAGCCGGAAUAUAUGAACCCACGACGAAAAGGAAAAUCUCUUUUCCAAUAAGUAAGCUAGCAACAGUGUUCCAAGCAGAGAUCACUGCACUAGAACACUGUGCAAGAGAAAUAAAAACGAGGAAGAUCCGUAACAAAUCAAUUGCAAUUUACACCGAUAGUCAAGCGGCUAUAAAGGCCCCACAAUCUAAUAAAAUAACAUCCAAGUUAGUUCUGGACUGCCAUAAGGCAUUAAACGAGAUAGCAAGCCAGAGCAAAGUUACUCUAUCAUGGGUACAGGGACACGAAGGGCAUAAAGGUAAUGAAGGCGCAGACGACGCAGCCCGCGAAGGGUCGUCAAUGCGCCUGAUUGGACCAGAACCCUUUUGUGGGGUGGCCAAACCCGUUGCAAAAACAGCCAUCAGGGAUUGGAUAUACCGAGAAUCCCGACGAUGGUGGAGGGACAUGCCGGAGCAAAGACAGGCCAAGGAAUUCCUAAGGUUCCCAUCGGCCAAUUUUACAACGGACCUACUAAGCUACAAUAGAAAAGCCGUAAGAAUAAUGGUAGGUCUGCUGACGGGCCACUGCAGGCUUAAGAGGCAUCAUUCUUUUUAUAAGAAUUUUCAGUUAUACUGUGUAGUCAGAAACGUAGUUGGCAAGAUGAGCUCCAGCUCUCAUGCCAUCGUAUGGGGGGACGUCUAGGAGGUCUGCUAAAUCGUGAGAGACCAUCUUUUGCAAUUUUCGGCAGUCUGCGGUGAUCCAUCCGUUCAACAUGAUCUCUCCAUUCGCGCCUUCUGUUUCAGGAUAAUCGUAUAAUAUCAAGGACACCGCAAAGUUCUCUGAUGAUUUCACU